AUGUCCCGUCCGCAAUGCAUGGUGUGGGGCGCAUUGGCGGUGGUACUGCUCGUAUCUCGCGCGGUCGGCGUCGCGCCGCUACGGCUCCGGCGGCGGCCCGCCGGCUGGCUCAUUACCUUCUCGCCCUACGUGUAUGCUUACAAUGUCAUAAUAGUAUCUGUUAUAGUUUCCGCGGGAGUAGUUGGCUUAGUGUUGGAUCUAAACAUGGAGCCGUCCAGAGCUGUGCGUAUGCGCACACCUACUAAACGCAUCCUGUGGAUCGUGGACUUUGGGACGGUACUGCUAUCGGCGCUGGUCGGUGCUUACGAGGGCCCCUACAGAAUGAACAACAUGAUAGAGUACUUAAAUGAAUUACGUAAGAUAAAUAAGAACAUGAAUAUCCAGUCCUCAAAAGAGCGAGUACGUAUGGCGAUCUUGCUCAUUUCAUAUUUUGGGUUCAUCCUAGUUAUGGCGCUGGACAUCUGGACGACGCGUUCACAUGCAGACCGUUUGAAUAGAGAUCAGUUGAUAUCAAACCUCUACCUGAGUUUCUCCUACACAUACAUGACUUUGAUAUUACUUCAGUCCCAGUUCACUGUGGGUGCUAUGGCUGUCCACUCUACGUUGAAGAAUCUAAACAAUGCAUUAGAAACACAAACGGAUAAUGAAGGCGCAUAUAAGAACAUCUGCGGAAACGAUGAUGAUGGGGCCACAUUUAAUGGGGAAAAAUCUGUCAACGUCGUUAGAAAUAAAAAGUAUUUUACAGGGCAUUUUACAUCGGAACAAAGUAAGAAGACCCGUGAAACCGUUCGCCAUAUUGCUCUCUCGUUCAGCAACUUCUGUCACAUAGUAACAGAAGUGACCAAAUGUCACGAGAUCAGUUUACUAUUACUGCUCGUAUUCUACGGAAUCCACCUCGUCAUCACGCCGUAUUACGUCUCUUUGGCGAUACAUCGAUUGUAA